CCAUGAGAAGUCAUGGUACAUGGCUGCUGUUAGGAUGCCUAUUGUUAGAAUGGGAGCUGUGGAAUGGUGCCUUGUUGUGGUGCUUCUUGUUGGGAGCAUGAAAGUCUCUAGUUUUCCUUUUGGUGAGUUCCAGAAGCCAGAUGGGAUCUCUCUGACAGGAAUUCAAGAGAAUCCGGACAAUGGCGGUUCCAAAAGCACACCUGCCACCACUCAUCAAAGUUCAUUUGUAGUUACCGACAUGGCUAAUGACCUUGGCGAGGAACCCACGGCGGGUGAGGAACCCACGGCGGGCGAGGAACCCACGGCGGGCGAGGAACCCACGGCGGGCGAGGAACCCACGGCGGGCGAGGAACCCACGGCGGGCGAGGAACCCACGGCGGGCGAGGAACCCACGGCGGGCGAGGAACCCACGGCGGGCGAGGAACCCACGGCGGGCGAGGAACCCACGGCGGGCGAGGAACCCACGGCGGGCGAGGAACCCACGGCGGGCGAGGAACCCACGGCGGGCGAGGAACCCACGGCGGGCGAGGAACCCACGGCGGGCGAGGAACCCACGGCGGGCGAGGAACCCACGGCGGGCGAGGAACCCACGGCGGGCGAGGAACCCACGGCGGGCGAGGAACCCACGGCGGGCGAGGAACCCACGGCGGGCGAGGAACCCACGGCGGGCGAGGAACCCACGGCGGGCGAGGAACCCACGGCGGGCGAGGAACCCACGGCGGGCGAGGAACCCACGGCGGGCGAGGAACCCACGGCGGGCGAGGAACCCACGGCGGGCGAGGAACCCACGGCGGGCGAGGAACCCACGGCGGGCGAGGAACCCACGGCGGGCGAGGAACCCACGGCGGGCGAGGAACCCACGGCGGGCGAGGAACCCACGGCGGGCGAGGAACCCACGGCGGGCGAGGAACCCACGGCGGGCGAGGAACCCACGGCGGGCGAGGAACCCACGGCGGGCGAGGAACCCACGGCGGGCGAGGAACCCACGGCGGGCGAGGAACCCACGGCGGGCGAGGAACCCACGGCGGGCGAGGAACCCACGGCGGGCGAGGAACCCACGGCGGGCGAGGAACCCACCGCGGGCGAGGAACCCACCGCGGGCGAGGAACUUCUGUAGAGUUACUUUUCUGAUUGUUCUACAAAUUGAACUCUCCUUCAUCAGAUCCUGCAACCAUGUUGGAUGAUAUAUUGAUCCUACAUUUGCCUGUAAUCCCUCAAUAAAACUGUUUACUUGUA